GAAUUUAUUGGUUGCAAAUUGGUUACGAGUGAUCUGAUCAGUUUGCCUUUGAUACGCGAACCACUCUGGCUUCAGGUUGACCACCACCACGCUGGCCCCAUGGGCCACUUACGCUCUUUCAUCGACAUACUCUCUCUUUCAUUCUUGCUGCCGCUACUCCUUGCUGUUGUGCCAUCUGUGAAUGGUGCACUCACCAACUCCACCAUUGACGACACAAGUUCCCAAUUCACAUUCACCGGCUCUUGGACUGCAACCUCGGCUUCAAACCCUUGUAACUUCUGCGCCUCGAAACCAGACGCCAGCCAGACCUUCCAACAAUCAUGGCAUGAUGGAAAUUACAGGGACGGUGCAAGCCAGCGGACGGGAGGCAGUUUCACGUUCACCGGCUCUGCGGUCUAUAUCUACGGCAUUGAUCAGGUCAAAACUCAGCCAAAUAUCGUCUUCACCCUGGGCAAUCAGCGGUCUACCCACCAUUACACCGGAUCCCAGUCAUUUGCCUACAAUGCACUAUUCUUUUCGGCAACGGGGCUUGACCCAAGCUCAACCCACACCGUAACAUGGGACUUUGAGAUCAAUCCCAGCACUGGCGUUGGCGUUCAGGCCGCUUUGUUUGACUAUGCAAUUGUAACAAGUGGGUCCGUCGACGUCAUUCCCAAACCUCCGACCUCAGAAGUCAACACAUCCGUAAAUCCAUCCAAGUCUCAAUCGUCUCACAACACUCCAUCUUCGGACAGCAAAACCUCAUCCGGUUUAUUGUCAUCUUCCCCCUCAGCUUUAGCCAUCAAAUCCACGAAUCCCUCUGAUACCAAAUCUCUUUUGACCGCGCCAAGCGCUUCCUCAGUCUCAGAUACCAAUUCAAACGCACUGAACACAUCAGCGCCAGAACCGCAAUCCGCUGCUUCAUCUAAUCGUAGCAAUGUCGGGACCAUUAUUGGAGCCAUCAUUGCCGUCUUGGUCUGCAUCGUGCUCGCUAUCCUUUUCCUUCUCUUGUGCCGUCGCCGAAGACAACGAAUGCGUGCGCAAGUCGAUGCGGAACGAGCUGCGGCUGGACUUCCUCCACUGGCACUGCCUGAACCUAAUAUGCGUCGCAUUCGUGCUGGAAAUUACACGUUGCAACCGUUCGUAGACGACCGACCAUCAGCAGGCAGCGCGUUCGCCGCCACUCCAACACUCACAUCAACUGCUCAAAUGAGCAGUAUUCACACCAAUGUCCUGCAAGGAGACCUCCGACCCCUUCGUGCUGGAACGUCCACGACUGCGUCUUCUUCGGGACAUGACCUCCCUCCUGCGUUUGCCGACCCUGCAAACGCGUCAACUCAAUACCCUCCCGAGAAGCUAGCGAUGGAAGGAUAUACUGGACGUGCUGAGGCCAACGCAAGCGUUACCCGACAGCCAUCUCAGAUGGCACAGUCCGAUUACUUUUCUUCGGAUAAGCACCGACCCACAACUGCUUUCGAAAUAGACGGUGGCGAUCGAAGUACAAUACUGUCCCUGACCUCGCCGUCAACCUACACCUCUGCUCGGGAGCGUUACCUUGAGGAGCGGUUAGCGACCUUAGAAGCUCAUGUCGCCAAUUACCUACCGCCACCCUAUGAACAUGCCGAGACCAGGCAAUAA